CUGCGGAUAGGAGCAGCCGGCUGCGGAUAGAACCAGCCCGGACCGGCAGCGAGCACACAUCAGCCAGCCGGGGUGCAAUGCUCGCUCACAGCGGCACCGGUGGGCUGGGAGGCUAGAGACAGAGCAGCACGGCCAGUGCAUGCUGCAGCUUACAGCCCCCGGUGAGCCCGGAACAGACCCGGUGCCUUCUCCCCCUCCGGGGAUCUAGCAGCUGCAGUGCGCCAGGUGUCCAGCAGGGGCCGCUGCGCUGCGUGCAUAGAGCCGCGGCUGCAGCGCGCCAGGUGUCCAGCAGGGGCCGCCCUCCCGCCGCCCUGUAUAUAUAGAGCCGCAGCAGCGCCCGGCAGCAGUCAGUGUCAUUAGCAGGCAGCAGCAGCGGGCAGUGCCAGGCGGGGGGCUCAGGACUCUGACACCAGCAGCGCGAGCAGCAGCAUCCCGAGUCCGCCCGAGCUCACCCUGGAUUCCCGGAGCUCGUCACCAUGCUUGGCUGGCUAUAGGAGCUCCAUGGAACUAGCCAACUUCUACGAGGCGGAGUCCCGGCAGCCCAUGAGCGCCCAGCAGCCCGCUGCCUACGGCUACAGGGAGCCCCCGGCCGCCGGGGACCUGAGCGAGCUGUGCGAGAACGAGAACUCCAUAGACAUCAGCGCCUACAUCGACCCUGCAGCCUUCAACGACGAGUUCCUGGCCGACCUGUUCCACAGCAGCAAGCAGGACCGAGCCAAGGCCAUGGACUACCAGCCCCAGCAGCAGGUGGGCCACCCCCAGAGCUAUGGCUGCCUGGCCAACUACAUGGACACCAAGCUGGACAGCAGCCUCAGACCCCUGGUCAUCAAGCAAGAGCCCAGGGAGGAGGAGGAAGCCAACAGGGCAUCCCUGGCUGCCCUCUACCCCCACCAUGCCCCCCAGCACCCUUCCCACCUGCAGUACCAGGUGGCCCACUGCGCCCAGACCACCAUGCACCUGCAGUCCGGGCACCCAACUCCACCGCCGACGCCUGUGCCGAGUCCUCACCACCAACACCACCACCACCCAGCCCACCCACGCCUGCUCCACCACCAGCUCCCAGCAUCUUCUGGCAAGGGCAUGUCUUCUUCAUCCUCCUCGUCAUCUUCUUCUUCAUCGUCCUCCUCCUCAGAGACUAGAGGCAAGUCCAAAAAAUGGGUGGACAAGAACAGCAAUGAGUACAGGGUGAGGAGGGAGAGGAACAACAUUGCAGUGAGGAAGAGUAGGGACAAGGCCAAGAUGCGCAAUGCGGAGACCCAGCAGAAGGUGAUGGAGCUGUCCAACGAGAACGACAGGCUGAGGAAGCGGGUGGAACAGCUUAGCAGGGAACUGGAGACCCUCAGGGGGAUCUUUCGCCAGCUCCCAGAGAGCUCCCUGGUGAAAGUAAUGGGAAACUGCGCAUAAUGUUGGGUACACGCCUACAGUCCUCACUCUGUGGUCCAGCAUGGUCCUGCGCACAGUGUUGUGUACAUACUUGCAGUCCUCAGUCUGUGGUCCAGCAUGGUCCUGCACAAGAUGUUGUGUACAUGCAUGCAGUUCUCUCUCUGAGGUCCAGCAUAGACCGGAACAUGAUGUGUACAUGUCUGCAGUCCACGGUCUGAAGUCCAGCAUGGACCUGCACAUGAUGUGUACAUGUCUGCAGUCCUCGGUCUGUGGUCUUGUAUGGAUCUGAACCAAGUGAGUGAUGUGGACACUUCCUUGAACUUGGAUUCCCCAGUCUUGACCCUCUCUCCACUUUGGUUGAACACUUUGUGGAUGCCACCCUUUGCCCAUCAGACCUGAGCUUGUGUGGACAUUGAUUAUCUUACAGGAGCGGACUUUGCUGCAGACAGCCAAGCAGGUUUCUGUGUGGUGCUAGCCCAAACAGGACCCCCCUUCCCUGCCUUCUAAAACUUCCAUUUAUACAAAAUAUAUUUCUAUUUUUGACCAUUUUUUUUUUGUACGCUGUGUAAAACCAUGUUUAUAUAACAUCUAACCCUUUUUAUACAAGUUGUGGUAGGGGCCAAAUGUGGAUGUUUUGGAGCAGAGGUGUAAAACGUUCUUUAUCAUGUUUAUUAUAACCCCCUGGGUUGCUGCAGGAGCUUGCACCGAAACAUGUUGCAAGACUUGCUGACGCUCAGUGGGUUACAGUAAAGGGAUGGCCUAAAUUGCUUGUGCCAUAAUGAGUGGGAAUAUUAACAGGGUAUAUACUUCUGUGCACCUUACACUAGUGCCUUAAUCUGUGCUUGGUGCAUGUGUUAUUGUAAAACCACCUGUACGGGUGAUCUGUGAUCUAGCGUAACCCAAUGACCGCACCAGCCGUAUAUAUUAUACACAAUGCCAUUUCAGCUUUACGCUCUGGAGAAUAAGACACACGAUAGACGUCAUUUUAUUAUAUCACGUUCGCUCAAAGAUACCGAAAUUCCAGAUACUUGCAACAUGGUGCCUUGUUAUUAUAAACGCACAAAACUUAUCGAAAUGCCCUGAUGAGUCCGGUAAUUACAAGGGAAUAUUAUGCAAACCUAGAUCACUUUUGUAUUAUCAUACAUACUGUAUUACAGAGGGGGGGGGGGGGGGGGUAAUAAAGGCAAUUAUUGUAAAUCUCACAGCGGUUUUGACCUUGAAUACCAUUCAGUAGCUGCUAUUUGCUGGUAAUUGCAGUGCUUUUUAUUCUAUUAUCUUACCGCUGUAUAUGCUACUUUUUUAACCCCUGACUUUCCAAACGAAAUGGACCCAGUGUAAUGUGAAUUAGACAAGACGCGUGCAGUUUUGAAGCUUUAUACAUUUAUUAUACAUUUGCUCUGAUCUUGCCAUGGGAAAGUGUGUAUUGUUGUUGUGAAAAGACCCAAACCACUUUUUGCUGUUAUUUUUAUUUCUGCAAGCUGCAGAAUGAUGCUGCGGAGCCUUUGCUGGAGGGAGCGCGCCUGGGGCGGUAAUAAUUGUGCAUCCGCCUACUAAACUAUCUCGCUCCAGCCCCAAACUAACCUCACUGAUUAGUACGUCUUCACUGAAGUUCUAUGGGCAUGGGUCUUCAACCUGUGGCCCUCCAGCUGUUGUGGAACUACACAUCCCAGCAUGACCUGCUCAGUUUUAGCAUGCUUUAAUAGCAAAACUGUGGCAGGGCAUGCUGGGAUGUGCAGUUCUGCAGCAGCUGGAGGGCCGCAGGUUGAAGACCCAUGUUCAAUGGCAUAGCAUUACUUACCACCGACCCCCGUUGCCCCCACCCCCCAAAAUGUAGCCCGUUACCCUAUUGGCUACUGUAGAAGCCUGUGGCAAUCUAAUUCCGCGUCCGCUGACUGCUAAAUUAUUGCUCACUUUCAGAAAUCCCCAGGAAACGUAUUAAAACUUUAUUAUAUUAUUAUUUUGAGAAUGUUCUAAAUGUUUUGGGGAAAAAAAAGUUAUUGAACAAAAAAGGUUUUUAUUCACAUUUAUUAAUGAUACUUUUUGAAACACAACUUACACACUUUUAUGUUUUUACUUCCAAUGUAAAUAAAGAAUAUACACUGUCAAA